AGACAAUAUCUAACAGCUCAACUAUUGGCCAGAUUGAAUCAACAUGGCCAUCUUGUUGUCUCUUUUCUUGUCAACUGCAUUUAGUUUCAGUUUUAAUUCUGAAUAUUGCCAUUGGUUUGGUUCAGACAAUUCCUGAAGAGAAUAUUCUAGUGUCUUUGUCUCUCUGAAGGCCUUUAACCACUUUUCCUCCCUGCCAUAGAUAAAAACAGACAUGGUCCUGGUCAUGUGCAAGAAGCAGACAACAAAGAAGUGGGGGUGCCUAACGAAGGCGGAACUGCAGACUAAAGAGAAAGAAAAACCCACUACGGAGGAGACUGCAGACCCCAGCGACGGCCUGAUGAGCAUGCUGAAGAAGAUAUACUCUGACGGAGAUGACGAGAUGAAGAGAACCAUCAACAAAGCCUGGUCAGAGUCCCAGGAGAAGAAGAGCCGAGGAGAAGACGCGCUGGACCUGUAAACUGCACCCACUUCUAUUCCGCAAGCGAAAAUAAGUGAGAUCUUCCAGGGCUGCAGCGGA